AUGACAGAUCUCGCAGUCAAGCCCAGAACACUGCUGCCUGCAGUAUGCCGUGGUUUUCAAAGGCCACAUGCCCCUAUUCUCCGCAUCGAAAGGAAGUCAAAGCGGCGGAGCUUCGCUUCUCACGUUUGGAAGUGUAGUGGCCCGCCCCCCUGCGAGGCAUGCGCUGUGUCGAAGUCUGAGUGUUCGUUCGAGCCUUUUACAGACAAGCGACGAAAAUUAACCCUGCGGGUUGCUCAGAAAGAUGCUGACAACUACCGACGUAUCUCCGCGUAUAUAAUCAGUAUCCUGCGGUCUGGGAAGGAAGAGGAUGUGAAUAUUCUAGUGAAGAGGAUGCGAAAAGCCUCAUCUCUCGAUUUCGCUCUUACAGAUCUGCAGUUGCUUGUAUCUCAGACGAAGUGA